AUGACAGGAGUGUUGAAUAACAUUUCCACAGUGGGAAACGGAGCGCACAGCUCCUCCAUCAAAUCGGACUCGGAUGAAGAUAUGCCUUUGGCGGAAAAGCUGAAGCAAAGUCGAGCUCGGUAUUCAUCCAGUGACGAAGAUGAUGAUAUCCCACUAAUGAUGCGAUUGUCUAAAAAGCCCAAAUUAGAAUCACCUGAUCGACGUCACUCCCAUGGCGACGCCCGGAAACCCAAACCUGAAAAACCGAAAAUUAAAAAAGAGCCCAGCACACCCUCAAAAUCCGCUACGACCAAUCCCACGAAGUCAACGAAGCAGGAGAAACAGGAGGAAGAAGUUUGGAGGUGGUGGGAAGAAAUCAAAACUGACGAUAGCAAAAAGUGGACGUUUUUGGAACACAAAGGACCUGUGUUCGCUCCCCCAUAUGAACGACUUCCUGAUUCCGUACGCUUCUUUUAUGAUGGCAAACCAAUGCGAUUAUCUGAUGCUGCCGAAGAGGUGGCGGGAUUUUAUGCCCGUAUGCUUGAUCAUGAUUACACUACAAAGGAAGUUUUCAACAAUAACUUCUUCAAAGAUUGGCACAAGGUUAUGACUGACGAAGAGCGUCGGACUAUCAGGUCCCUUAGCAAAUGUGAUUUUAAAGAAAUGCAUGCAUAUUUUGUGCGUCUCAGUGAAGAACGAAAGAAUCGUACCAAAGAAGAGAAGCAGAAAGCGAAAGAGGAAAAUCUCGCACUGCAAAACGAAUAUGGUUAUUGUAUCCUCGACGGCCACAGACAGCGUAUUGGCAACUUCCGCAUUGAGCCUCCGGGGUUAUUCCGCGGGCGAGGAAAUCACCCAAAAAUGGGGAUGCUAAAACGACGCACUCUUCCGGAACAUGUUAUUAUAAAUUGUUCUAAAGACUCGAAAAUUCCUCAGCCUCCACCUGGACACAAGUGGAAGGAAGUUCGGCACGACAACAGUGUUACUUGGUUAGCUUGCUGGACUGAAAAUAUUCAAAACAACUUUAAAUAUGUCAUGCUAAACCCAUCUUCCCGGCUGAAGGGAGAAAAGGAUUGGAAAAAAUAUGAAACCGCACGGGGUCUGCAUAAAAUUAUUGAUCGGAUUCGCGCGGAUUAUCGAGCAGAUUUCAAGCACAAAGAAAUGCGCAUUCGACAACGGGCCGUCGCUCUUUAUUUCAUAGAUAAGCUGGCACUUCGUGCAGGUAACGAAAAGGAUGAAGAUGAAGCAGAUACUGUUGGUUGCUGUUCGCUGCGAUACGAACAUAUAAAACUUCAUGAAGAGUUGGACGGAAAACCCUUCGUAGUCGAAUUUGACUUUCUUGGUAAAGAUUCAAUUCGAUACCAGAAUGCAGUUUCCGUUCCAAAACGGGUGUUCAAGAAUAUCAAGUUGUUUCUGAAGAAUAAAAAAGAAAACGAUGAUCUUUUUGAUAGACUCAAUACCACUGUAUUAAAUCAGUAUCUUCGUGAACUAAUGGAGGGUUUGACAGCCAAGGUGUUCCGUACGUACAAUGCCAGUCGAACACUGGAAGAGCAGUUGGAGCUUUUGACGGACCCUAACGAUACGGUACAAGCAAAGCUCUUGGCCUAUAACCGAGCGAAUCGCGCAGUUGCGAUCGAUGCGAAACGUGAUCAAAUUAAUGAAAUCACCACCGAGGCGAAACAAAUCAAAGCAGAUUACAAACGGCACAAACAAGUUGCGAAGAAAGUGGCAUAUGAAAAAUUAAAGAAGCGGUUAAGUGUGGCAAAGGAACAGCUUACAAAAUUACAACUGCAAGCCACGGAUCGAGACGAAAACAAGGAGAUUGCACUCAGUACGAGCAAGCUGAACUAUCUAGAUCCCCGAAUCACAGUCGCCUGGUAG